UGGAGGGGGGAGGUUUUUGUUGAGGAGAGCGCGGCCGGAGAGCAGAGCUCCGGGACCCAGGUGACCGGGAAAGCAGGCAGCCCCGCGGCGGGAGCAGCCGGCAGCAGCCCAGGCCGGGGACCGGGGUGGGGUGGGAGGGGGGCUGAGGGGAGGACCUGAAGGGGGGCGGCAGGGCAAAAGGGACCCCCGGAGCCCUGCCGCCAUCAGAGAUCAAGCAUCUGGCAUCAGGGAUCUUCGGACCCAGGAGAAGGAUCAGCCACAGGGAAGGUGUCCUCCCCAGGGAAGCCAACAAGAGAGCCACCUGCCCCCCAUCAGGAGUGGGCCCCUCACUGACGCUGCUGCUGGCAACCAUAUCAGGCCCCUUAACCCCUCAGUCUCCUCCCCAUCACCCUCCUCAGACCCUUUCCCUGCAUCCAGCUCUCGUCUCAGCACCCAGUUCCCAGCCCUCUGAGCCCCUGUGCCCUGCUACCACCUAAUCCUCCAGGUCUUGGCCACACUGACCCCCAUCCUGGGAUAUUUGCCAAAUCUCGGAGAGGGAGAUCAUUUGUUUGGGCUAUGCCCCCUGGUGGCAUGACAGUGUCUGCCUAGACCCCUGACCCCCAGCCCUCAACUCCCUGGGCCUCCUUUGUGUGAACAGCCACCCCUUUGCUCAGCAGUGUGGUUGGGGGCCAAAGGGAAAGCCAGCCCCGGCUGGGCCCCCGGCCCCCACCACUUGCCUCCUUGUUGGGCAGCUCCCCCUGGCCUUUGGGCCUCUCCCUGCUCCCCCCGGCCCCUCCUCCUGGGCCGCCCCAAUGAAGGAGCCGGAUGCCAUCAAGCUGUUUGUGGGGCAGAUCCCGAGGCAUCUGGAGGAAAAGGACCUGAAACCCAUCUUCGAACAGUUUGGUCGGAUCUUUGAGCUGACUGUCAUCAAGGACAAGUACACCGGGCUGCACAAGGGAUGUGCCUUCCUGACAUACUGUGCCCGCGAUUCAGCCCUGAAGGCCCAGAGCGCUCUGCACGAACAGAAGACGCUUCCAGGGAUGAACAGGCCGAUCCAGGUCAAGCCAGCAGACAGCGAGAGCCGAGGAGAAGACCGGAAGCUCUUUGUGGGGAUGCUAGGGAAGCAGCAGACAGAUGAGGACGUCCGGAAGAUGUUCGAACCUUUCGGGACCAUAGACGAGUGCACUGUGCUCCGGGGACCAGAUGGCACCAGCAAAGGCUGUGCCUUCGUGAAGUUCCAGACCCACGCGGAGGCCCAGGCAGCCAUCAACACCCUUCACAGCAGCCGGACCCUGCCGGGUGCCUCGUCCAGCCUGGUGGUGAAGUUUGCUGACACAGAGAAGGAGCGAGGUCUCCGCCGAAUGCAGCAAGUGGCCACCCAGUUGGGCAUGUUCAGCCCCAUCGCCCUCCAGUUCGGAGCCUACAGCGCCUACACCCAGGCCCUGAUGCAGCAGCAGGCAGCCCUGGUAGCGGCUCACAGUGCCUACCUCAGCCCCAUGGCCACCAUGGCUGCCGUGCAGAUGCAGCACAUGGCCGCCAUCAAUGCCAAUGGCCUCAUCGCCACCCCCAUCACCCCAUCCUCAGGAACCAGCACCCCUCCUGCCAUCGCUGCCACGCCUGUCUCUGCCAUCCCUGCUGCCCUGGGCGUCAACGGCUACAGCCCGGUGCCCACCCAGCCCACUGGGCAGCCUGCCCCUGAUGCUCUGUAUCCCAACGGGGUUCAUCCCUACCCAGCCCAGAGCCCAGCAGCCCCUGUGGACGCCCUGCAGCAGGCCUAUGCAGGGAUGCAGCACUAUACAGCAGCCUACCCGGCAGCCUACAGCCUGGUUGCGCCUGCGUUCCCGCAGCCUCCAGCCCUGGUUGCCCAGCAGCCUCCGCCACCCCCUCAGCAGCAGCAGCAGCAGCAACAGCAGCAGCAGCAGCAGCAGCAGCAAAGAGAAGGCCCUGACGGCUGCAACAUCUUCAUCUACCACCUACCCCAGGAGUUCACUGACUCAGAGAUCCUUCAGAUGUUUGUCCCCUUUGGCCACGUCAUCUCAGCCAAAGUCUUUGUUGACCGGGCCACCAAUCAGAGCAAAUGUUUUGGCUUUGUGAGUUUCGACAAUCCGGCCAGUGCCCAGGCUGCCAUCCAGGCCAUGAAUGGUUUCCAGAUCGGCAUGAAGCGCCUCAAAGUCCAGCUAAAGCGGCCGAAGGAUGCCAACCGGCCCUACUGAGGGCCCCCAGGUCUGGAGAUCCUAGAGGAAGGGGCACCUCGCACCCUCUUCCCACGACUGGCCCCAGCCCUCUCUGCACAUCUGCCCUGGGCCUUGAUUGGGCUCUGGGGCAAAAGCUGCUUCAUGGCCUUGGGGGCCCAAGACACCGGCCCACUCCCACCACCCUGCCUCUCUGAAGGGCCGUGGCUAUGCUUCCCUGGCUCCAAGGGCCUGUUUCCUCCCAGGUGCCCUUUUGGCCUUUGUGAGGGAGCAAGGAACAGGCUUGAAGGUUCCGGGGUAUCUGCCUUCUGCUAGGGCUCCUGUGACGGGCCUUCUGUGCCCAGUGUUUGCACCUGCCUCCCCCACCAGCGGCGGCCUGUUCGACCUGCGCAGGCCCCGGGAGGGCAGCGGGAGCCUCCCACACUCCCAGCCCACCCGCCCCAGCCUCUGCCCCGCAUUAGGGGUUACCGGAAGCUGGCUCUCACAUUCCCUUCCACCCUCAGCUAGAGGUAGGAUAUCCCUGAAUCCUGGGCUCCCAGCCCUAAAAUUCACUGCCUCCCCCAAGGGCCCCCUCUAAGGAGGGUGUGGGGGAGCCCUGAGGGCUGCCUCUCCGCCAGUCAGCCACAGAGACCCUCCUCCUUUCAUGAGGAAAAGACCUCCCCCUGAACCCCUAAAAAUGUUUACAGUCUCUGCUGGUCCCCUCCGUGUAAAUACCACUACCACCCGUGCGUUACCCAGCCCGCCCGGCCUGGCCCGGACGCUGCCAUCUCUCUUUCUGGGAGUUUAGACAAUGUUACCCUUGGAUUUUUUCUCUCUCUCUUGAGUUCUCCCUUUGCUUUGGGGGGUAAUUGGGUAUUUGGGAGGAGGGGUGUGGGGAGGGCUAAAGGGAUUUAUUACCUGAUCAUUUUCUUUAGGAAGAGGUUUUAGGGAAAAGAAAAUGGGGUGGGGGUGGGAAUGGUAAGGGGAGACUGGGGAGUCAGUUUCAGACAGUUCUCUAUGCUUAACUUAUUUAUUUAUUGCAUUUUACUUUUAAAGAGUUGGUCUUUUCUGUCUAAAUAAAGAAAAAAGUUUAAAAGCA